UCAACCAGCCCUUGCCCCAGCCCCUGACCUAGCCCCAGCCCCGGUGUUGGUAGAGGGGUCUCCCAGCCCAGGAUGCAGGGGUGCUCCAGCCAGGUUCACCCAGGAUGCCUAUCACUCAGGAGAACGCCCAGGACCACCUGGGCCUGCUGGAGGACUGGCUCCAGACUCAGACCAGAGACCAGCUCCAUGACGACAUCCCCGAGGGAGACCAGGACUCGUAUCAGGAGGGGGAGAGUGACAACACCAGCAGCACCUCCAGCAGAGACAUGUCCCUCUGCCAGGCUGCCGUCACCAAGCUGGUGGAGUACAUCCAGAUGAACUUUGUGGAGGGUGAGAGCCCCCUUCCCCCGACUCCCACCCUGCCCCCCCUCCAGGAGAGGCUGGACUCGGUGGUGAGGGCCGUGUGUCUCACCAAGGGACCGGGCGACGGGGCGGAGUUUGGCCUCACCUUCGGGAACAUCCCCAUCUUCGGGGAUCCGGAGGGGAAGAGGAGGAGGAUGAGGAGGGGGAGGAGGGGGGACCAGGGCCCCCUGCUGGACGUGGGGUGCAUCUGGGUGACGGAGGUGAGGAAGGGGAGCCCGGCAGCACGCUGCGGGAAGCUGAAGCUCCGGGAUGAGCUGCUGUCACUCAACGGUCAGCUGAUGGUGGGCGUGGACGUGACGGGGGCCAGUUACCUGGCAGACCAGUGCUGGAACGGUGGCGUGGUCUUCCUGAUCAUGCUGCGGAGGAUCAAACGCAAGGCCCCGCCCCCUCCGUGCAACGGGAACGGGGUUUCCGGGGGCAACGGCGUGACAGGCCGAGCGAGCGAGCGGCGAGACAGCACCUCCUCCGACGCCCCCGGAAGCCCCGCCCUCAACGGCAAGCGGACGCGCAAGUUCGGGGUCACGUCCCGCGCCUCCGUCUCACGCGACGACGGGGGCCGUGACGACGGGGGCCGUGACGACGGGGGCCGGGACCCGGAGCUGGAGAACGGGUUUCACCCCGCGCCCUCUGGUGACUCCUCGCCAUCGCAGGACGAACCCUCCUGGAAGCCGGGUGGGCAGGGCUUGGCGGUGGACACGCCCACGGGGAAGUGGCGGGUGGCAGGGGCGGGGCUGAUGGCAGGGCACCUGCAGAACGGAGGAACAGCGACCCUUCCUACUCGCUCCCACACCCGCCUGUCAGAGAGCUGCCAAGCUGAAUCACCCAGCUGUGAGACAGAUAGCCAGCCCAGGGAGAGCAGCCACAUCUGGAAGAUGCACAUGGUGAAGGGUCAGGAGGGGCUGGGCAUCCAGAUCACGGGGGGGCGGGGCUCCAAGCGCUCGCCGCACGGCAUUGUGGUCGCCCACGUGGAGGAGGGUGGCGCCACCCAGAGGGACGGCCGUCUGAGGUCAGGUGAUGAGCUGCUGAUGAUAAACGGUCAGUCUCUGGUGGGACUGUCCCACCAGGAGGCCGUGGUCAUCCUGAGAGCCACCGAAGGACUAGUGCAGCUGGUGGUGGCCAGCAGGGAGGAGUCGGAGGUGGACUUCCACAGGUACCCGUCCACCAGCCUGCCGGACCUGGUCAGCACCUGUGCCGCUGCCUGCCCGAGCGGGCGAGCCUCCUCCAGGGACGACAUCGCUAGGGACCCCUUCCCCAAGGAGAGCCAGGGGACUGAGGGCCUGGAGGCCACCAGGGAGGACCUGACCUCCAGCAGCCUCUCUCUUCCCAGCCAUGACUCUUUGACGGAGCAGGAGAAGUUGGAGGAUAAAGGCCAGGGGGAGGAGAGAGGCCGGGGGGAAGAUAAAGGCCAGGGGGAGGAGAGAGGCCGGGGGGAAGAUAAAGGCCGGGGGGAGGCGUCUAAAGCCUGCUGCAGAAGUCCAACACCCAUGAAAUUUCGCAGCCGGUCACAAGGCGGGAGCAGUCGGCUGGAGUCCGUGGGCGAGGACGAUGAGCUGAUGGUGGAGAACGGUGAGACGGGCGGAGAGAUGGCCGACAAGCCGACGCGCAGCGGCCGCAAACACUCCCUUCCCCAGCAGCUGGACACGGCCGGAGUCCGCCAGGAGUAUCAGAUCGUGAAGAAGUCGGCUCGCUCGCUCAGCACAGUUCAAGUGGAAUCACCAUGGCGACUGGCCCAACCUUCCAUUAUCUCCAAUAUCGUCCUGAUGAAAGGACAGGGCAAGGGCCUGGGGUUCAGCAUCGUGGGAGGGCAGGACUCGGCGCGAGGACGGAUGGGGAUCUUCGUCAAGACCAUCUUCCCAAACGGAGCUGCAGUGGCCGACGGGCGACUGAAGGAAGGAGAUGAGAUCCUGGAGGUGAAUGGAGAGUCUCUGCUGGGCCUCACCCACCAGCAGGCUAUCCAGACCUUCAAGCAGCUGAAAAAGGGCGUGGUCACCCUGACGGUGAGGACUCGUCUCCGCAGCCCCAGCCUGACCCCCUGCCCCACCCCCACCCUGCUGAGCCGUGCCGGCUCCCCCAACUCCAGCGGGGGCACGCCCGUCCCCCCCGCCCCCGAAGAGGCCGACCGCAGGCCCCCCGCUGGGCCCCCCGGCCCGGGCCCCAAGGACCGCAUCAUCAUGGAGGUCACGCUCAACAAAGAGCUGGGCGUGGGGCUGGGUAUCGGUGCGUGCUGCCUAACCCUGGAGAACUCUGCUCCAGGCAUCUACAUCCACAGCUUGGCCCCUGGCUCUGUGGCCAAGAUGGACGGCAGACUCAGCCGUGGAGACCAGGUCCUGGAGGUGGACUCUGAGAGCUUGCGUCACGCUGCGCUGAGCGAGGCCUAUGCCAUCCUGAGUGAGUGUGGACCUGGACCGGUCAGUCUCAUCAUCAGCCGACACCCCAACCCCAAGAUGUCGGAGCAGGAGAUGGAUGAUGUGAUCGCCCGCUCCACACACAGGGACAGUAAGGAGGGCCAGGCCUCUCACACUCUGGGUCUCCCCUCCAAGAGCCCGUCCCCCACGGUGAAGGCCAGGCAGGGAGAGGGAUCUCCUGGCCUCAGCUGGACCAUGAAGAGGUUCCUGGAGCCGGCCAGCAGGCAGGGGUCCCUGAGUUCGGAGGCAGAGCUGUCCCAGUACUUCUCACAGGAAGCCCCCAGCACUUCCUGUCUGGCGGAACCCUUGGUGAUGGGCUCCAGCGAGGAGGAGGGGCUUCACCAGCGGGCCUGCUGCAGAAGCGUCUCAUUGGAAGAGCCCUCUGCCCAGCAACACGCGUUCAAAGACGUGUCCAGCGUGGUAGCAGACGGGGGCCCGGCGGCCCCCCCGGGGGAGGCCCCCCCCCCCCAGCCCCCUCGCCAGCUCAGCAGCUCCUCCCUCCGCAGCCCCCUCCUCCGCCAGCGCCGCGUCAUCUGCUACGACGACGAGCCUAGCGACGAGGAUGACGACAACGCCGGUGCCACGGCAACCGCGUUCCGCAGGGCCGUCGUACCGGGCGACGCCUGGCGCUCCCGUUUCCCGGAGAACGACUCCGGGAUUGUCAUCGCCACGUCGUCCGUGGAGGUGGACGAGGACAGCCAGGACGACAGGCGCGGGGGGGCGAGGGACAGCUCCCUAGAGUCGGACGAGGGCUUUCCCCUGGGCGGUGACUCCCCCUUCAUGCCGAUUCGCCACUUUGACCAGGAGGCGUGCGGCGGGGGCGUGUCCAGCAGUUUGGGCGUAAAGGAGCCACAGCGGCCCCGGGAGGCGGGGGGGCAGCUGGAGUCGAAGCGCUCGCCCAAACUGGAGCACAAGGCCGUGACUCGCGUCAAGAGCAUGAUGAGCAUCGAGACGCCCAACUCGCCUCAGCAGAGAGGGAAAGCAGAGGAGCUUUCCCAGGUCUCUCCACACCCCCAGGGCCCCCAGUCCAGGGGCUCCCUUCCCCGGGCCCAGCAGGGCAGGAAGGGGGAGGCCGGGGGGGAGGCCGGGGCCUGGAGCACGGACACGGUGGUACUGAGGAGGAGCGAGGACGAGUCGUUCGGUCUGGAUCUGGAGAUCAAGGCUUCUCCUGUCCAGGUGCUAGUGACAGGGCUGAGGCCAGGAGGCGCUGCCCAGAGGGAGUCCCAGGGGAAGAUGGCCGUCGGAGACGAGAUCGUGGCGAUCGGGGACCGUCUCCUGUGCUCCUCCAGUCAUCAGGAGAUCUGUGAGCUCAUGAACAACCUUCCCGUCACGCUCGUCCUGGAAGUCAGGAGACCAGUUUCAGCUGUAGAUCGAUUAUCCAGUCUCAUGAUGUCGUCAGGCGGAUGUGAUGGACCUGCAGAGGAGACGAGCGGUCUGGACAGCGACGGGGCAGACGACCAGGGAAGCAGAGCCUCACCUGAGACACAACUCACACCUGCAGCCCAACCUAACCACAGCAGUCAGAUCCCCGUCACCAACAUAGACGACUUCAUCAGCGAGCUGAACUCCUCCCCUGAUAAAAGCACGUCUGCCAAACUCCCAACCGACACUACGGCCUCAGACGGCAUCAGCCUGCCAGGACAUGACGAAAGCACCGCUCAGGCUCCGACUCGUCCAAAUCUGCUGAAUUUCUCAAUUUUAGACACAGAAAACAAACCUCCCCUCCUGCCAGUGGGCAAAACAUUCUUAAACAAUUACUCCAGAAACUUCCAUCCCGUCACAGGAGAGGGGGCGGGCUUCUCUAACGGCGUGGACCCCGAGGGGCCAGGCGUCGGGUCCAAGCACAUGUACGACAUGGCUGAGGACAGCGAUUCUGAAAGCGACUCCACCACCACCGACAACACGGCGAGGGCGGGCCUCCAGCACCAGGAACCGGACACUGACGAGGAGGAAGUGGAGCUCUGUUACAGUGGAGUCCAGCAUCCCAGCCCCCCGGGAGAGGGGACAGACGGGACAUUGUCUCCCCAGCAUCCCCUCACCUCCGCCAGCCUCGACACGAACGACCCCGGCCUCUUUGAUGUGGUACAAGACUCUGCCGCGGUCUCCAUCCAGAACAAAGGCUCGUCUGUCGUGACAAGCCGAACCCCUCUCCCUUCUGCGGCUCCGCGGGACACUCAGCCCUCAGGUGCCUCUCUGCCCGCUGAGCCGGAAGCUUCCUCCUUCCCUAAGGGGAGGGAGGAGUCUUCUAAGGAUGAAAACGGUGUGCCGGCUGCUGGGCCUACACAGUGCCGGGUUAAUGGUGCCACGGCCACCUGCGACAGCGUUGUGGCACCUGCUGCAUCCGCUCAGGCACGGCUGAGUGUCUGCAGCCCCUCCCCCACGCUGGGAGCCCUCAGCGUCACGUCUCUGAGGCAGGACAGGAGAGGGAGGCUGAACUGUAACGCUUCACUGAACUCUGCUCCGGGGAAAUCACACAACGCGCCGUCAUCCCCCCUCUCGACGGAGCCGAAGCCUUCCAACUGCAGCGAGGGGAGAUCAGGCGUCAGAUCACCCGCUCCGCUAACGCAGAGAGACAAGGAGAGAGAGAAAGUCGUAGCUUCUCUUGAAGCUAGAACAGUUCAGAACCCUCCUGCGAGUCCUUCUCUCAGGACAGCAGCUAACCUUCUCAGUAGCAGCUCAGCGCCCCCCUCUGGCUCCAGACUCAAACUACAGGACAAAACACAAAAAUCGAGCACCUCGCCAAAACUGAAGGGCCUCACUAUCAAGAGUAAAUGCAACCAUCAGGAGCAGCUUUCUCCAAAACCAGUGAGAGCUGAAAGUCCGAUUCUUAGGAGGACCGCCGCAUCCCCAGUCCAGUCCCCCAAACUACAACCCAAGAAGGUUGCUUUGACCAGUGGCGUUAAGACGGGUAAACAGCUUGAUAAGAGCAACAGCCCUGCAUCACCCAAACGCUGCCCAGAGAAGACCAAGACCAACGCCACGUCCUUAAACACGACUGAGUCAACCACAAAGACAAAAGACGAUCCUCAUCCCAGUACAAAGGACCAGGAGACCCAGCUGGUCUCCCAGCAGAAGGACCAGGAGACCCAGCUGGUCUCCCAGCAGAAGGACCAGGAGACCCAGCUGGUCUCCCAGCAGAAGGACCAGGAGACCCAGCUGGUCUCCCAGCAGAAGGACCAGGAGACCCAGCUGGUCUCCCAGCAGAAGGACAGAGCGGAGACAUCGACCACCCAGAGGACUUUCAUCGAGGUACGACUCUCAUCUACGUUGACUCCUGUUUUGCCGCGGAAGGAAACCGUGAAUUCAAAGGACUCAAAAGCUCUGGGUGUUACACUGCACAACGAUGUAAACGCCAGCACCGAUCCCUGUUCAUCCCCUAAUGCUCCCAGUUCGACGCCUCAGCCAGAAAACACAAACAGCACCAUAAGCUAUGCAGAGGCGACAUCCGUAGAACCAGUCCCUGAGACCAAUCUACCCACAAACAACGGGCCGUUGAAUAGUCAACAAAAAAACUCAAGCACAACAGAAACCGCUACGAGCGUCAAAUCGAACAGAUCCAAACUCUGUUCCAAGACGAUGGAGCGUCGUAGUUUCUCCUCAGAAACUGGCGCGCCCGCGGACCACAACCCCUUUUCCGUCCGGCAACGGAUCAAAUCCUUUGAGAACCUGGCCAGCUUUGAUAAGCCGGUGGUCAGGUGCUUCGAGGUGCAGUCGUACGGCCAGCCGUCCAAGCCCCCGCUCAGCCGGAGGCUGUCGGGGUACAUCGCCGGCUCCAUCAGCUCCGUGGACUCUCGCUCUCUACGUCGGAGCCUCAGCUCCUGCAUGGACAACUUCAACCCCGCCGUUCCCACGUCGCCUACGCCCAACAAGCCUCCGUCGAGCCUGGUGCUCAUAAACCUCGAGCUGCCAGCCCAGAGCUUUCGCGAAGCCCCCCCGCCCGGUGACGAAGCUCUUGAGAUGCCGAAAGUGUUCCCUGAGGCGUCCCCGCUUCCACCCCAGACGCCUCCGGUGUUGAGAAGCAGGCAGACCAGGGGGCACGGCGGCAGGCACGGCGGGGGCCACGGCGGCGGGCACGGCGGCCUCUCCCGCUCCAGGCUGAGAGAAUUGAGGGCUCUCAGCAUGCCUGAGCUGGAUAAGCUUUGUACGGAGGACUUUGCCAGCGAACCAGGGACAGUCACGUUUAAAACCCAUCUGGAGAUUCACCCCACCAGGAGCUCAGAGCUGGCCUCCACAGAGAGCAGCCUGCAGUCUGCAGCUCCCCUGGGCAGGUCAACCCGGGGAGCGGCGGAGGCAGAUGGAGGGUCCCUCCAGGGGAAAACCAACGGACCACAAACAGACCAACACAGCUGGUCCAUCAGUUUGAAGGAGCUGGCUGGCUCCCCUGUGAACCAGAGCAGGCUGCAAGCCGUCCUGGCCUCUCUGACCACCAAAUCAGAUGUGCUGGUCUUGCUCCAGGAAGCCAAAGCUCUCUCUGAGGUGAAAGAUGAUACUCACUUUGUGGUGUUCACCAAAGACGAGGGCUCGGGGCUGGGCUUCAGCAUCGCCGGAGGGAUGGACCUGGAACAGAAGGCUGUCACGGUCCAUCGUGUGUUCCUGACGGGGGUCGCUGGAACGGAAGGUACCAUUCAGCGGGGGGAUCACGUCCUGUCCAUAAACGGCUCCAGUCUGGAGGGUACGACCCACGGAGAGGCUCUGUCCUGCCUGCACCAGGCCCGGCUGAAGACGCAGGCCCUGGUGGUGACCCGCAGAAGCAAGGACUGGGAAGCUCACCUGUCUCCUAGACGACACCUGUCCAGCCACUCAGGACACACCUGCCCCAAGAACAACACCCUGGACACCAUAGGAGCGGUGGAGGUGGGCCCAGGCGGAGCCAUGAGGGUGGAGCUGCAGAAGACAUCUGCUGGGCUGGGCUUCAGUCUGGAGGGGGGAAAGGCCUCCGCCCUCGGGGACCGGCCGCUCCACGUCAAACGCAUCUUCAACGGCGGCGCUGCAGAGCUGUCGAGGGUGAUCCACGUGGGGGAUGAAGUCCUGGCCAUCAACGGCCGGUCUCUACAGGGGCUCAUGCACUACGAUGCCUGGAACGUCAUCAAGGCCGCCAGCGAAGGCCCCGUCCAGCUCGUCAUCCGCAAACCCAGCACCUCUGUAUGAUUUAGCUCCCAGAGGACGGGUGCCAAAUGUGCUCCACAACGGUACGAGCUCAAACAAGCGUGCCAACGCCAGGUUGAGAGUGUGGACGAGACUGAUCUAAAGGCUUUGUUUGUUCACUUUAAUACUUUUUUUAUGGACUCUUGGACGGCUUAGGGUGGGGUUCCUGUGUUGACAUGUGCUGUGUGAAAUGCAAUGCAGAACGUUUGUGGUCUGUGUUGGUAGAGUUUUGUUACUGCUGUGUGUCUAUCCAUUUAUCUAGAGCUCAGAAAAAAACGACAAUCGUGCUUUUGCAUCUUUCACCUUGAACCUGACAAAACUGUUGGUGUGAUUGCAUAAGAACUUCAAACAGAAUCUCAACCCCAGUUUGUAGAGACAUGUGAUAACAAAGACUUCAGAAAGAAGACUUUACACAUAUAAGGAGCUAUCACUAGGAAAUCUGUACUCUUGAAAUGUGAUCUUUGUUUACCCUCACUUGCCUUUUAAAGCUUUCAUUCCCUUUCUCUGACCAUCCAUAUCUGUCAUGGGUGGGGAGGUUCACCUGUCAGAGGGCCUUCCAUAUUUCCUUAAAAAUGCUGUAUUUUUUAAAACAUGUCUAACUCUAGGAACACUACAGUACUUUUGUGGUUGCACUUGAACUUGUUUGUUUUCCUACAACUUGUAUUCUGAUUCUCCCUGUUGUUCGCAACCCAAGUGGCCAACAAUUCAUCAUUUGAAAUUCAGUCACGCUACUUCAUAAAUCAUGUGUGUUUACUGUCAAAGCUUGAAUUUAUAAGUUACUCAUUAGUUCAGACCUAACAGGAUGUUAUGGAUGUGUUUGUGAGCCUGGUAAGUCAUGGAUGCGUGGCUUUUAACAGCACAUGACCAAGUCAGUUUCAGUUUCUUUCAUUCUUGUGCGUCACAAGACUUACAAACCGUCAUUGCUCUUUGAGUGACUCAUAAAGGAAGGAAGUUAGAGCACACCUGCGUCCCGUUAUAUCAGUUUCACCCCCCCCCCCAUUUUCCUGGUAAAAAGUACAUUUGUUGCAGUUUUUCUGUUCAAAAUCCAGAGACAUAAUGACAACUUCACAUUCUUAUCAGGAAAAGUAUGUCAGCAGGUCUAUAUAGUAGCAUCUCUUUGAAAUAACCCCCGAUAUAAUUUUAUUUAUUAUACUUUUAUGUUUCGUAACAGGGGAAGGAAUCAUACUUGUCACGAUAGCACAAGCAUGGACUUGUACAGCUGUUAAAACAAUUGCAACGCACCCAGCUCUUGCAGAAAGCUUGAAGCACAAUUCUUUUUCAGAUGCGAACUGUAAAUACUCUUGUCUUGGUUUUAUGAACAUUUCGUUGUAUUAUUGUACAAUAGCUUUUGGCUAAGAUGUGUAUUUUAAAUAGCAUGGCAGGAUUUAUGGUGUCUCUUUUUGUCAUUUUCAUUGGCUGUCAUUUUGAAAGGUUAUGGGUGACUGGUUAUAUCAUGUAUUCAAUCUGUAUCACAAAUUAUAUUCAUCUUAAAACCGGACAUUGUCUCCAAUAUUGACAAUCAAAGAUGAUGUGGCACGCUAAAAAAAGAAAAGAAUAUCUAAAUGUUAAAAGUUUAAAGAAAAUUAAAGGCUGUUUUGGGGCUUCUGGUUAUCAAAAAGCCUUUGAAUUAUGGCAAUGUCUUGUUUCCCUGCUUGUAUAUAAAUAAUCUGGGGUAUAUUUUCUCAUUUUGUGGUAUCACGCAAAAACAUAAGAUGUUGUCUUACACCGUCUUUCCUCACUCAAACAUUUAAGACUGUUAAAUAGUGUAUAUUUAUAUUGUAGUGUAUAUUUUGUCUUACAGGGUUUGCAAUACCUGUAUUUCUAGGAUCAGAUAAUUCAGGUGUUAAAAAGAGAUGGAUUAUUUUGGAGAAAUUUCACCAAUGGCAUUUCUGUUGACAUUUGUUUUGAAAGAUUUUUUUUUAUCUGUCAAUAAUGUGCAAAACUUUCGGUAUUAUUAAAGCAUGUAAAUUGUCUGCUU